GUCUCAGUCGCUGGAAUUGUUUCUAGUCAAGGAUGGAUUUUAGCCAGAUUCUGGAUAGGUGCGGCAACUAUGGAAGGUUCCAAAUAGUGCUCCUUCUCCUGUACGGCUACACGAAUAUUCUGGGAUCGCUGCAUUACUUCUCCCAGACCCUCAUCACCUACCCCGAGCAUUGGUGCUCCCAUGUUGAUCUCGUGGGACUCAGCAUGAAGGAGCUGCAAAGGGCUUACUCAAACAUAUCCUACCCAUCCUGCACUCUCCUUCGGGGCGUCAUCAAUGGCACGGGCGUGGUCGCAGAGGGUGGCGAGUGCAAGGACUGGAUUUUCAGGCGAGAAAGUGGCUACGAGAGUAUCACCACUGAGCUCAAGUGGGUUUGUGGCAAAUCCCACCACUCGGCGGUGGGUCAGUCCUUCUUCUUCAUGGGCUCUGUGAUGGGCACCACAAUCUUUGGUUACCUCUCGGAUCGUAUUGGUCGCCUGCCAUCCCUGCUGAUGGCCACUUUGUGUGGUGCCACCGGGGAUUUUGCCACCUCAUUUGUGUACACUUUACCCGGAUUUGCCGUAGCCAGAUUUGUGUCUGGUUUGUCUACGGAUACUAUGUACUAUCUCAUGUACAUUCUGGUAUUUGAGUACUUGAGCCCCAAAAGCCGUACCUUCGGUCUGAACAUCAUCCUGGCAGUUUUCUACUGUUUCGGCCUGGUCACCUCACCCUGGGCCGCCAUCUGGAUAGGUAACUGGCGUCGCUACCUCUGGUUGGCCUCACUUCCUGCCCUGGGAGUACUUAUCUAUCCGUUGCUGAUCUGUGAGAGCGCUCAGUGGUUGCUGACCAAGAGGAAAUACGACGAGGCGGUGGCAUGUCUGAAGCGAGUGGCUAAGUUCAAUGGCCGCAAGGUGGAGGACUCCGUAUUCGAAGAGUUCGUCAAGCACUAUCACCUAAGGGCGGAAGAGGAGCAGGGUGUCACCAUUCAGGAUGACACUUUCUUUGCAAUGUUCCUGACACCUCGCCUGCGACGAUUUACACUAACUUUGUUGCUUAAAUCCGUCAUCAUAACCCUCUCGUGCGAUGUAAUCAACCGAAAUAUGGAGGGAUUGGGCAGCUCGCCCUUCAAGCUCUUCUCUUUCACGUCGAUUGUUUAUCUACCCGCCGGAGUGGCCAUCCUCCUGCUCCAGAACAAGAUCGGGCGCAAGGGUAUGGCCUGUGGAGCCCUCUUUGUGGGUGCCAUUAUCACCGCAGUGACUGGGUACCUUAUAGCCAACUUAAAUCCCAUGGACAAUGCUUUACUACUGGCCAUAAUGGUGGGUUUGGGCCGAUUCGGAGCCACUGUCUCCUACGAUGCAGAGAUCCAGUACGCGGCAGAGAUCAUUCCGACGAGCGUGCGGGGACAGGCGGUGUCCAACAUCCAUGUGGUUGGUCUGGCCUCCAGCUCGCUGGCCUUCUAUGUGAUCUACUUGGCCCAAUACUAUAAGCCGCUGCCCUCGAUCUUUAUCAGCUGCUUGAUGUUCUUUGGCGCUGGUUUGUGUCUUACAUUGCCGGAGACCUUGAACAAGAAGUUGCCGGAGACCCUGGCUGAAGGUGAGAAGUUCGCUCAGGACGAGAGCUUCCUGUACUUUCCGUGCUUUCGCAAAAAACGAGAAACAACCAAGUUGGAAAGUGUCUAAGGAAAGACUACAGACUUUGGGGGAUUUAUUUGUUUAAGCUCAUUGUACAUUGGUCAUUGCUUGUCAUCUAAUAAAAUAUCCGAUCGAAGACUGAUUACACCUAUUUCCGAAAGUAUAUGUUGUGAUUUUUGAUCUUUUUAUGGCAAUUGUUCAUUAAAGUC